UUUUCAAGUACUUUGGUAUUUGAAGUUCUUUAUAAAUAACGAAAAUCAUUUAUUUUUGUUAUAUCAGGAAUACAGAAGAACACUGGAUGUGUUUAUUGUAUCAUAACAAAGUCUUUUUAGAAGAUGAAUAGACCAGAACUUAGACAGCGUCGUCCAAUUUCAAAGGAAGAUGACCGAUAUGGGGGAACACAAAGAAAGUCAAGAGCUCAUUCCUCGGACAAAUGGAAGACCGCUGCCUGUGUUGCAUUACUGCUAGCCUUUGUUCUGACCCCUGUUGUCAUUAUUUUGACACCCUCACCAAUUGACCCUGUCUUCUUCACAUUGCCAGACCCACCAGCAUUUGAAGGAGUGUUAGAACCCAACAACUUGUUGCACAAAUCAGAAAGGAUAUUUGAGAAUGAAUUACUAGGACCAGAGUCAAUUGUAGCAGAUGGGGAUCAUCUCUACACAGGAACAGCUGAUGGGAAAAUCUUACAUAUCUAUAAAGGAGAAAUCAGUGUCCUGGCUAAGCUAGGAAAGGAACCCUGUGGUGGGUUUGACAAUGAGCCAACAUGUGGUAGACCACUAGGCAUGCGGUUAAACAAGGAGGGAUACCUAAUAGUUGUUGAUACCUACCUUGGACUCUACAAAGUCAAUGUGGCUACAGGAGACCAUUUCCAGUUGUACUCUGCUGAAACUCCAGUAAAUGGCAAAAAGCCAAGGCUUCUGAAUGAUUUGACAAUUGCUGAAGACGGUACAAUUUACAUGACAGAUUCCUCAGUGAAAUGGGAUCGUCGACACAACAGACAUCAAAUUAUGGAAGGGGAGGUUACUGGGAGAGUCCUUGUGUAUGACCCUAAAACCCAGGAGGUUGCAGAAUUAAUUAACAGCAUGUCAUUUGCCAAUGGAAUACAAUUAACUAGGAGCGAGGAGGCACUUCUGAUCUGUGAGACAUCGCGAUCCAGACUCCUUAAAUAUCAUUUAAAAGGACCAAAAAAAGAUUCCUUAGAAGUAAUAAACAACAACCUCCCAGGGGUUCCGGAUAAUAUCCGCCGCAGCAGUACAGGUGGAUACUGGAUAGGGAUGGCUAUGAUCCGCAAGAAGAACAAAUUCAGCUUUUUAGAUUACUGUGCUGACAAGCCAUGGUUAAGGAGUUUGAUUAUGAAGGUAAUUUCCUUGGAUCUGGUCUUGCAAUAUCUACCAAAGUAUGGCCUUGUGAUAGAAGUGGAUGAAGAGGGAAGGGUGAUCCAGAGUUUACAUGACCCCACUGGUGAGGUCAUUCCUGGAGUGAGUGAGGUCGAGGACAAAGAUGGAGUCCUGUACUUUGGAUCUUAUAAUCUCCCAUUCAUGGGAAGACUCUAUCUCCAGCGAUACAAAAAACAGAAACCAUCAUAGAGCUUAUGUAAUCUAGUAAACUCAAACGGCUCUAGUGAUUAAUACGCAGUGUUUAAAGGUCUUCAAACAGGAUAUCAUUUUUCUGAUCCUACUUAAUUUGAGAAAUUCUCACUGGGAGACUAAAUCACUAAACAGGAUCUCAAUUAAAGUUUGUGAUCAAAGAUACAUCAGGUGUGUUUUGAUAUCAGUUUUGCAUUUAUGUAUAUAAAUGUUCCGUAUAUAUUCUGUAUGGAAGGGAAAUUUUUGCUGUUAAUGGUUUCCUUCAUAUUGAAAUAAUGUUAAUACAUAAUAGGUGGAAAAUAACUCGCCAUGUUAAUGUUCUCCACAUUCAAGCUUGCAAUACUUGAGUACAAGAACCGCUGAGUAAUUUACAUGCAUUUAAUUUACAAGUCCUUUUAUACAUAUUUAUGAUAAGUUAAAACUGCUUAGUUCUUGUAAAAUUUUGGUGUUCCAUUGAAUCUUUAUUUUCAGGUAAACCCUGUAUUUUGAUACUACAUGUAUUUACAGUUGAGCUUUCUUAUCUUGAAACUCUGAUAUCUCAAAUACCAGGGAUAUGUUGAACUGAUUUCACAGUUUCAACCCUUUUUAAUGUAUGUUUUUUUUUAAACAUCUUUAUCUCAAAUCCUCAGAUAUCUUGAAGUUUAAUCUCAGACCAGUUGAGUUUGAGUCUUUGAUAUAUUGAGGUUUGAUUGUACAAUAUCUUUAAAUUUUUUGUAUUUCAUGUAUUAUAUCUUUGUAAAGAUUAUUAUUAUGUGCAUUUAGAAAUAUUAGUUUAAAAAUAUUAAUUAGCUAGAUGUUAAUGUAAAAAUUAGAUACUGAAAAAC